CCAGGCACCCCAGGAAACCUGGCCCCGUUCGAUUGGAAUGAUCUUGAGGUCAGAUUUGACAGAGCCCUGGAAGGCGCCAACGAACAUGAGGCUGAGCUGGCAGCCGACUUCGAAGCUCUCAUGAAGUAUUUCAAUAUCUGGGCUUCCGCCGCGUCUGCGCAUGACAACCAACGUGCAGCCAAACGGCUGCAAACCCGAUCCUACUUUGUGAAGCUCAAGGAGACCGAUCUGGACUCGAAGAGGCAGAAUUACGAACAGGUCGCUGAUUUGUCCUCAUUCCACGAGACGCACUUUGGCGACACUGCGCUGGCGGCAUUCGCUAGGGACUUUCUCACCCCUCGCACUACGCCGCAUGAGGUGAUUCUCGGCAGCGACGGCGAUAAAUAUGAUCAGGUUGAUGAAGAAGAUGACGACGAUGGCCUAGGUUACUAUCCGGACGGGGUCAAGCGCACCCUCACAGACGAGCAAAUUGCCAUAUUCCGACACUCUGAGCUGCAAGCUCUGCAGAAAGCGCAAGAGCAAGAGCAAGGUCAAGCCCAGCGCAGGCGCAACAGCUCGUCCCCAAUACCUAUGGAUCUCGAUGUUGAGAGUGCCGAGGACGGAGAGCUACAGGAGGAUGAGUGCGUACAACGGGUGGUCCCCACCAAGAAGAAGAAAAAGAACAAGAAGAAGAAGCGCGGCAGUGGGAACAGCAACAAGAAGCAGUGGGAGCCAGACCCUGAACGUCGCAAGAGGACAUGGGACGUCGUGGAGACGGGACUGGAUGCCCUGGCUUAUGAC